CCUGAGCAAAAUGCUUAAAAAAACACAGCAAAACUACAAUAAAAACUAGAAGUGAAGAUCACUAGCCACCGCCACCUCCUCUAACCAGUUCGGGAGAGGCAGCCCUCUGUGAAACACCCGGAUUCCUCAACGCGAAUUUCGCGAGUUUGUCAGCAAUCAAAUUCAGCUGUCUGGGGAUAACCUCCAACCUGACGGAAUUGCAUUCCUUAAGAUACCCCCGGAUCGUCUUGAUCGUCAUGUUGAAUCUCCAGUUCAUCCACCUAUCAUCUGUCUCAAUGAUCUCCACCAAAGUGAUGCAAUCUGAGUACACCAGUUGGGGAAACAGCUUACAACUCUUGCAUCUCCUUAAAGCCUCCUCCAACGCCAACAGCUCAGCCUUUAAAACAUCUCGUUUGAUUGUAUAUGAGCUGUCAGGAGCUGAACUCAGGACAAGUUUGGGUAUUGUUUUCGGCAUUUGGUGCUUGCCAUCGGAUCACAUUGUUGCAUGCAUAUAUAAUAAGGAAAGAACUCUACCAUAUAUUGUAUACCUGAUUGAAUACCAGCAAGUUCAGAACAAGCAAUUCCUUGCACUUGCUAUGAGUUCAUCACAGCCAUCAAGCCCAGCAUUCCUAAACAAAAGAGAGUUAAGCCUCCUGCAAUACAAUGGUUCCACCCUCUCCUCCACUGGCACAAGCUCUAUCACCUCGUCAUAUGCCGGAUAAGUUUGAUGAAUUAGCUGAGCAAGCAUUCCCACUUGAUUAAAAUAAAACCAGAGCCCCUCACGGUGUAACGCAACAAGUUCUUGCAG